UCUUUGCCAGCGGAAGGAGCCUUCUCUCUGCGUCGGGGGAUUGCAAACUGCUUGCCAACCUCGGGGGAUCCCUUUCUCCAUCCUUGCCAGAGAAUACCACUUUCGACACAUACCCCUCUACCCUUUUUGCCUUGGCAGACAACACUCCCCCCUUGGAUUCUUCUGGGGGCAUCAUCCAAAGUGUUCAGGAUGGACGCUGAGGAUGAUCCCUUGUUGCAGGACAUUUGGCUCAAUGAGGAGGAAGAGGCCGCCUUUGGCCCCUGCAAGAGAACCAAAGGGACCCAGUUGUGUGGCAAAUGCCAGUGGAAUUCCCGUCCACGGACCGCGCCAACCACGACCGUGCAAACCUCUAGUUUUUGGAACGUGGUGGGCUGGGUUUUCACCAACCCCUACUCUGCCAGCCUCAUCCUCUUCUUGGGUUGCACCAUUCCAGCCGCCCUGGCCAUUGUGAUGUUCCUGCAUUAUCCAGCUUUGGACAUCGAUAUCUCCUACAACGCCUUCGAGAUCCGCAACCACGAGUCCUCCCGGCGUUUCGACUCCCUCGCCUUGGCCCUGAAGGCUCAGUUUGGCUCGUGGGGCCGUAGCCGGCGGGACUUGGCGGACUUCAAUUCGGAGACCUUGCAGAGAUUGAUUUUCGAGCAUCUCCAGCAUCUCCACCACAACGCCUCCUGGUUGGGCGGCGCUCGGGAGGCGAGGCGGAAACGUAGCCUGGAUCAAAACAGGACUAGUUCCUCUCCUCAAGUCCAGCCGGGUUCAACCAACCAAACCUCCCGCCAGCCUCGGAGCACUCCGUCCCAUUGGGAAUACGCCAACGCCGUUGUGAGCGCCAACACUCAGACUCAUGCGCAUUGGCGCAUUGAGCUCAUUUUCCUCGCUCGGGGCGAUACGGACAACAACAUCUUCACCUCCGAGCGCCUGGUCACAAUCCAUGAGAUCGAGCGCAGGAUCAUGGACCACCCUCAUUUCCGGGAAUUUUGUUGGAAGCCUCAUGAGGUCCUCAAAGACCUUCCGUUGGGUUCUUACUCAUAUUGCUCCCCUCCCAGUUCCCUCAUGACUUACUUCUUCCCCACCGAAAGAGGGGGGAAAAUUUACUACGACGGCCUGGGGCAAGAUCUGGCUGACAUUCGAGGUUCCCUAGAGCUGGCCAUGACACACCCUGAGUUCUACUGGUACGUCGACGAAGCCUUGUCGGCGGAAAACAUGCGCAGCUCCCUCUUGCGCAGCGAGAUUCUCUUUGGGGCCCCUUUGCCCAGCUACUACUCCGUCGAAGACCGCUGGGAAGAACAGCGUCAGAAGUUCCAAAAUUUCGUGGUGACUUACGUGACCCUCCUGGCCAAGCAGUCUACCAGCAAAGUCCAAGUGCUUUACGGCGGGACGGAUUUGUUUGACUACGAAGUCCGGAAGACCUUCAACAACGACAUGUUGCUGGCUUUCAUUAGCAGCAGCUGCAUCGCGGUGCUGGUCUACAUCCUUGCUUCUUGCUCAGUGUUCCUGUCUUUCUUUGGGAUCGCUAGCAUCGGCCUCAGCUGCCUUGUGGCCCUCUUCUUGUACCACGUGGUGUUCGGGAUCCAAUACCUAGGGAUCCUGAAUGGAGUAGCGGCUUUUGUCAUUGUCGGGAUUGGUGUGGAUGACGUCUUUGUCUUCAUCAACACCUACCGGCAGGCCACCCACUUGAAAGAUCUGAACCUUCGGAUGAUCCACACCAUCCAAACCGCUGGGAAAGCCACCUUCUUUACUUCCUUGACCACCGCUGCAGCUUACGCGGCCAACAUUUUCUCACAAAUACCAGCUGUCCACGACUUUGGACUCUUCAUGUCGCUGAUUGUUUCUUGUUGUUGGGUUGCCGUCCUUUUCACAAUGCCUGCGGCUCUUGGGAUCUGGUCUCUCUACCUUUCCCCUAUGGAGAACGCUUGCCAGGCUAGCUGCAGUCAGAAAUGCACCAAGAAGGAUACCUUGCAUGUCUCCGAUGGUCUGUUGAUCUCGACGGAGGCAGCCGGUGAAAACAGAGGGACCCUGCCUUAUCUGGAUGAUGACAUCCCCUUAUUGAAUGUGGAAGAGGAACCAGUGGCUUUGGAAAUGGGGGACGUCCCCUUGGUCUCCGUGUUGCCAGACAACCUCCAGAUCCACGCAAAGGACGGCAGCCAUGGACACUUGAUCGGUCACCUCCAAGACCUCCUGCAGGGCUGGGUGCUCUGGUCAGCCGUGAAGAGCAAGUGGGUGAUUGUCGGGCUGUUUCUGUCGGUUCUCAUCCUCUCCAUCUUCUUCGCCAGCCGCCUCCACCCGGCCAGCCGUGCCCCGCUUCUCUUCAGGCCCGACACCAACAUCCAAGUGUUGCUGGACCUCAAGUACAACCUGAGCGCGGAGGGCAUCUCUUGCAUUACCUGCUCAGGCUUGUUUCAGGAAAAACCCCGCAAUCUGCAGAAUAACAUCCGCACCUCUUUAGAGAAGAGGAAACGGGGGUCUGGAAUGGCGUGGGGCAGUCGAGGGAGCACUGUUGGGGAUGGAGGAGCCAUUCAAGACCCCCAGGGAACGGUCUACAUCUUCAAGUCUAAAGGCAGAAGCAGGCCAGUGGUCUACAGGUUCUCUCUCAACGCCAGCGUCCCAGCACCAUGGCAGAUAGUCUCCGCCGGAGAUGGAGAAGUCCCUUCCUUCCAGGUGUAUAGAGUUCCUUACGGUAACUUCACCAAGAGGCUGACCGCUUGUAUGUCCACAGUAGGGCAUCUCCAGCAGAUGGGCCCCAAGAAGUGGAUGAUGACCACCUUGUCCUGCGAUGCCAAGAGAGGAUGGAAAUUCGACUUCAGCUUCUACGUGGCUCCAAAGGAGCAGCAACGCACGCGGAAGCUGUAUUUUGCCCAGUCGCACAAGCCUCCUUACCAUGGCAGGGUUUGCAUGGCUCCUCCUGGUUGUCUCCUCAGCUCCAGUCCGGAUGGUCCCAACAAAGGCUUCUUGUAUGUGCCGAGCGAGAGACCCAACCCCAAAGCCAAGUUGUCGAUCACAUCUGGAUUCAACCCUUGUGGAAAUACCAGCUGUGGAAAGCCAGCCGUGCGGCCGCUGGUUGACACAGGAGCCAUGGUGUUUGUGGUGUUUGGCGUUCUCGGGGUGAAUCGCACCCGGCGCACGGACAAUCACGUGAUCGGAGACAUGGGCAGCGUCAUUUACGAUGACGGCUUUGACCUCUUCAAAGAGAUUGGCAGCUUGUGCCGGAUCUGCAAGGCCAUCGCCAGCAACGCCGAGCUGGUCAAGCCGGGAGGAGCUCAAUGCUUGCCGUCAGGUUAUAGUAUCUCUUCCGUCCUUCAGAUGCUCCAUCCAGAGUGUAAGAACCUGCCGGAGCCGAACCUCCUCCCAGGGCAGCUCUCCCACGGAGCCGUGGGGCUGAAGGACGGCAAGGUCCAGUGGAUCUCCAUGGCUUUUGAGUCGACCACCUACAAGGGGAAGUCGUCCUUCCAGACCUACUCCGACUAUCUCAAAUGGGAAACCUUCCUCCAAGAACAGCUCCGGCAGUUUCCCAAAGGGUCGGCGUUGCGGCGGGGCUUCCAGACCUGUGAACACUGGAAACAGAUCUUCAUGGAGAUCAUUGGUGUCCAGAGUGCCCUCUAUGGCCUCAUCCUGUCCCUUGUCAUCUGCGUGGCUGCUGUGGCCCUCUUCACCACUCAUGUCCUUCUGCUGGUUCCUGUGCUACUCACCAUCCUAGGAGUUGUCUGUCUGGUGGUGACCAUCAUGUACUGGUCUGGCUGGGAGAUGGGAGCCGUGGAGGCCAUUUCCCUCUCCAUCCUUGUUGGCUCCUCUGUGGACUACUGCGUCCAUCUUGUAGAAGGCUUCCUUCUGGCCGGAGAGAGCCUGCCUCUUCACCUGGCGGAGGACCCCAGUUCCAGCAGGCAAUGGAGGACAAUCGAAGCCGUCCGGCACGUUGGUGUGGCCAUUGUGUCCAGCGCAGUCACCACUGUCAUAGCCACUGUCCCUCUCUUCUUCUGCAUCAUCGCCCCCUUUGCCAAGUUUGGCAAGAUCGUGGCCCUUAACACGGGGGUCUCCAUCCUUUAUACCCUGACUGUGAGCACCGCCCUCCUCAGCAUCAUGGGACCCCCUUUCUUCACACGGAGCCGGACUUCCUUCCUCAAAGCUCUCGCUGGGCUGCUGGUCGCCAUGAUGGUGGGCCUCUGCGUCUGCUUGGUGUUGUUGAGAAGCGGAUUCAAGAUCCCCCUCCCCAAUGGGACAAUCCUAUAGUUCCAUGGAGCCCAAGGAACCCGCCCCAAUUGUUUCUCCCCCUUUCCUUUCCCCCAUUUUAUCCCCAGCCAACUGGAGUACUGUAGGAAUGCUGGAUCUGUUAGACCAAUUUAUAGCGGUGGGUGGUUGCCUCCAUGUUAGUUGGGCAGUGAAUCCAGUCCUGGAUUUUGAUAGCUUUACUCCCCAGACUACUCCUUGCUCCAUCCUCAACAUGACAUCCCUUUGAAUAUUUAAACAUGGUUGUCAUGCCCCUUCUUAACCUUCUCUUCUCCAGGUUAAACCUACCCAGGUGUCUAAGCCGCUCCUCAUAGGAGUUGGUGGUUUCCAGAUCUUCAACCAUUUUGGUCGGACACCUCUGGACAACGCUCCAGCUGGUCAGCAUCCAUCUUGAACUGUGAUGACCAGAACUGGACACAAUAUUCCAGGGGAGGUCUGACCAAAGGAGAAUAGGUUGGCACUGUUACUUCUCUUGAGCUUUCCUAUCCAGUCCUGGGAGAUAUGGAAAGGUGAAGGGAACAAUCUUUCUCCCCAAAGACAGGAGAUGUGGGGAGAAGCAGAGGAUAGAGGAGUAAGAUGUCCUUUCCAGCAGCAGCUGAUGGGUCCCAUGCCAACGAUGCAGUGAAUCCAUUUUGUUUUAGCUCAGUCUUGAAAGGAGUUACUCCAGGUGUUGAACCUAAACCCAACCCCUUGGAGUUGGCGAGUUCCUUCCGUACUUCAGUUGGCUCCUUUAAUUUCUGCAUCCACUUUUUAGAAGGACUUUUCUAUUUCUUUCGGUAAGUCCAGAAGGAAAUCAGUUCUUGUGGUUUAUCCUUUCCCCUUCUAUCUCUUCUCUUCUCUCCCUUGCCUCUCAAUUUCCAGAUGCACUUUACUUCCUACCUCCCUCGUUUUUCUGCUUGGACACUUAAGGAAUCAAUUGUGUUAAUAUAUAUUACUUUUCCCCAGGAUGGAUGGAGUGUAAGGAUCUAUACACACUGUGGCUACUAUAUAGGAGGAUUGGCCAUUGGGGAGGGGGAAAGAAAAUGCACAAAAGAUGUGCAGAAGUUACUUUCUUCUUGUACCCUUCUCAGGUUUGGUUUGGUUUUUCCAUAUGCCAGCUUUCUUGGUCCAUAGCUAUUGUUUAUUGGAUUGACAGGCCGAUAGGGGAGGGAAGAAAGCGAUGUCGAAAAAGAAGUGACUGGUCUAGGCUGCGAAGGGAAGGGAAAUGGUCUCCCAAAGGGAGUUUGUUGUUGUGUGCCUUCAAGUCCUUUCUGACUUAUGGUGACU